AUGUUCAGUCCUGUGGAAUCUGCUAUCGGGGCAUUGUUGAUCCAGUGCGCCACAACGUCUUAUAUAUGGCACUCUGGCAAAGUCAUUGGGUUUUCUUCAUUAAUCAACGGGAUAUUUGACCCAAACGUUGAAAAUGUCUCGAUUGUCUCGGGGAUCAUUAUGGCCUCGUUAUUCGUGGCGUACAAAAUCCCUGAUUUCUCGCCAAUUUACCAGCCUGUGGCCUCGGUGGACUUACUUGAACAUCAAGUGGAUACCAGUUUCCCUCUUUAUGUUGUUGUUUCUGGUUUGCUAGUAGGGGCAGGCACCAAGUUCGGGUGUGGGUGUACUUCGGGGCAUUUCUUAGCAGGGGUGUCCAGACUUCGUUUACGGUCGAUUAUUGCCACGGCAGUGUUUGUAAUUGUUGGGAUAGUCACGGUUAAAAUAGCCGGUAAUGGUGCGGUGUGUUAUACUGAAACAAGCAAUGGGGAAAUUGUUCCAACCAAUUGCUAUGUUUAUGAUGAGAAUUUCUCAAUAUUCCAAAACAAUAAAAUGGCUCUACUUUCUGUGGUUUUUGGGGGCAUUUGCACUUCGUAUAUUCUCAUUCCAAUACUAGCAAAGGUUUUGGUUACUAAUGGUGGCGCUGCUAACCAGAAAACAAGUAGUGUGACAAAUUCUUGGUUUUUAAAGUAUCUAACCGGGGUUAACGCUGGGUUUUUAUUUGGAUUGGGAUUAUUUAUCUCGGGCAUGGUGAACCCUACGAAAACUAUUGGGUUCUUGUCGAUUUUAACUCCUUCAAGGUUUGAUCCUUCCCUCAUGUUGAUUGCCAUCUUUGCGAUUUUACCAAACAUUGUCAUUUGGAAGAAAUCUAUCCCACAAACCAAGUCGGAGUUACAAGUUAAAAAACCCCUCUUGACUGAAAAUUAUUCACUUAAUUUCUCCAAUACCGUGGACCUCAAAUUCCUUUUUGGAAAUGUGUUGUUUGGGGUUGGUUGGGGAUUAUACGGUGUAUGUCCUGGGCCAGGGUUGAUUGGUGCCUUGGGAUUCAAUCAAUGGGAUGGGGUUUACUGGUUGAUGUCUUUCUUAGCUGGCUCAUGGUUGGCCAAGAAAUUAAAUUGA